AUGGUGUACAAGUACAGGCGCACAGACAACCACGGAAGAUUGAUGGUGUUCGUCUGCGUGCAACAGCUCUGGCCUAGCUCCGCCCCCGCUCCCCUGCCUUGUCUAUUACGACCUAUCCCACGUCGCUGUGCAAGGGCGGCAGGUAGCACAGAAGCACGCAAGGACGCCGUGGCCAUGCAAAACAAGGACUAG